UUGGCUCUGGCUGUCAUGGGUGACGAAAAGCACCCGGCAACGCCUCCUGCCCGGGCUAUAAAGGGCUCCAGGCCAGGGGGAGCAGCACUUGCUGCCUGCGCUGCCGAGCCUCUGCCUCUCUGCAACCCUACAGCCUCCAGCAGCCCUCGCAUGAGCACCACUGUCAGGCAAUACUCCUCCUCCAUGUCCCUCAAGGGGCCUGGGGGCCUGGGUGGAGGCUCCACCAGGCUCUCCUCCGUGCGGGGGGGCACCGGCGGCUACAGAGCCCCCAGCGUCCACGGAGGCUCUAGCAGCUACUCUGUCUCUUCCCGCAUGGUCUCAGGCUUCGGGGGUGGCUAUGGGGGCAGCUACUGCAGCAGCGUAGGAGGGGGCCUCGGCGCCGGCUUUGGGGGCAGCUAUGGGGCUGGCUUUGGGGCUGGCCUUGGAGCCGGCUUUGGAGCCGGCUUUGGAGGUGCCUUUGGAGGCGGCGAUGGCAUCCUCCAGGCUGGAGAGAAGGAGACGAUGCAGAACCUCAACGACCGCCUGGCUGCCUACCUGGACAAAGUGCGUGCCCUGGAGGAGGCCAACACUGACCUGGAGGUCAAGAUCAGGGAAUGGUACAAGAAACAGGCACCUGGUCCCGAGCGUGACUACAGCCCCUACUACAGGACCAUCGAGGAGCUCAGGAACAAGGUCCUGGUGGCCACAGUGGACAAUGCUAACCUGCUCCUGCAGAUUGACAACGCCAGGCUGACAGCUGAUGACUUCAGGACCAAGUUUGAGACGGAGCAGGCUCUGCGCCUCAGUGUGGAGGCCGACAUCAAUGGCCUGCGCAGGGUCCUGGAUGAGCUGACCCUGGCCAGAGCUGACCUGGAGAUGCAGAUUGAGAACCUGAAGGAAGAGCUGGCCUACCUCAAGAAGAACCAUGAGGAGGAGAUGAAUGCCCUGCGCGGGCAGGUGGGUGGCGAGAUCAGCGUGGAGAUGGAUGCUGCUCCUGGAAUCGACCUCACCAAGAUCCUGGCUGAGAUGCGGGAGCAGUACGAGAGCCUGGCAGACAAGAACCGCCGGGAUGCUGAGCAGUGGUUCUUCAGCAAGACGGAAGAGCUGAACCGGGAGGUGGCCAUCAACACCGAGCAGCUUCAGAGUGGCAAGACGGAGAUCACGGAGCUGCGCCGCACCAUCCAGAGCCUGGAGAUCGACCUGCAGUCCCAGCUCAGCACGAAAGCAGCGUUGGAGAGCAGCUUGGCUGACACAGAAGCCCGCUAUGGCACCCAGCUGGCCCAGCUCCAGGGGCUCAUCACCAGCGUGGAGGAGCAGCUGGCUGAGCUGCGGUGCGACAUGGAGCGCCAGAACCAGGAGUACAGGGUCCUGCUGGACGUCAAAUGCCGCCUGGAGCAGGAGAUCGCCACGUACCGCCGGCUGCUGGAGGGCGAGGAUGCCCACGUGUCUUCUCACUUGAAAGAAGGGCCGGUCACCACCCGCCAGAUCCGCACAAUCUUUGAGGAAGUCCAGGAUGGGAAGGUGAUUUCCUCCCGCGAGCAGAUCACGCAGGCAGCCCACUGAGGGGGCUGCAGGCUCGCUGCAGACCUGGCUCAGCAAAGCCAAAGGAGAUUCCAGCUUCUGUGCUCCGGCUCGGAGAUCACAUAAAGCAGCUUCUCUUUUCUCACAUCCACUCCCCUCACCCUUUCUCACAGCGCUUAGGAAUCAAAUAAAGCUUUUCUUGACACUCGUGCAAA